CUGUCCUGAUUGUUUAUAAGUAAGUUUUUUUUUCAGGGUUCCAUGGUAUAUUAUUUUUGAAUAAGUGGCUGUAUUGUGGUGACUCGUGUGUUGUUGAUGCAUGGUUAUAGUCUUUGAGGAAUUAUAUUUAUAAUUUUUGUGUAACGUGAGUUAUCAAUGGCAAGCAAAUCUCAUGCCACUGGCAGCAAUCGAGGCACUGAAGCUGACUGGCUUUGUCCUGAUCCAAAGUGUGGAAACCUUAAUUUUGCCCGUCGCUCCCACUGCAACCGCUGUGGCAAAGCUCAAGUCAUGUCUGCAUCAGAGAAAAGGAAACUUUUGGGCACAGAAAUUGGCAAAGCUGCAGCUGAAAAAUCUCAUGGUCUCUUCAGUGCUGAUGACUGGCAAUGCAACAAAUGCGGUAACGUGAACUGGGCACGUCGAGGCACGUGCAACUUAUGCAACGCGCCGAAGGUUGGCGAAGUGGAGGAGCGCACGGGCUACGGGGGCGGCUUCAACGAGCGCACGGGCGUCGAGUACGUCGAGCGGGAGGAGAGCGAUGACGAGUUCGAUGCUUUUGGCCGCAGGAAGAAGAAACUCAAGGGCUCGGAUAAUAAAAACAAGAGCACGUCUGCGACACGUCAGUCGCCUGAGCGCAGCAAGCAAUCAGAGAGUGACGAAGAGGACGAGGAUGACGACGAUGGUGGUGACCUCUCGAAGUACGCGCUUCUGAGCGACGAUGAGGGCGAUGACGUCAAAGACAAGAGAGACGAGGAAAGCAAGACCGUGAAUGGCACCUCCUCGCGUCCUCAGUCGUGCAACGAAAGGUCAUCCAACACGAGCAGGCAGCGCCGAAGCUCGAGCAGCGACAGUGAGAGGUCAUGGUCUCGCGACCGUCAUCGCUCAGGCUCGUCUCGGUCGUACUCACGAGACGACAGGAGCAAGUCUCGGGACAGUCGCCGGAAGUCUCCCUCUUCGUCUCGCCGCCGGUCGAGGUCAAGGUCGCGCAGCAGCGGCACGGGCCGGGACAGGAGGCGCAGCGACUACUCCAGGUCCCGGUCGAGGUCACCAUCUCGGCGCUACAGCAGAAAGUAAGAUGCCAGCGACGGGAGAUACGACAUUGGAUCACCGUAUCCCGUGCGUAGAUUGAAGUCCUAACAUCAUGUCAGUCGUUUUCAUUGAUUGGAAAAUGUUCUUGUUGCAUCUUAUAAGUGUACAAAAAAUUAAGUACAGCUCCAAAAAUUCAUUGCUUUCUAUGGCAGUACUGAUCUGAUAAGUUGUUACACGUUGCUGCCAAUCUGUAGAUGACAAAUCAUUGACGGAAAGAUGUUGCUCUUACAUGCAAAUCCUAUAUCCAGCGCAUUCCUGGCAGAGAUUAAGCGGUGACUUGGAUAAAUUCCAUAAUAAUUAUCAACCGGCAGGCUAAGAAUAAUUAUUAACUAGCAGGCUAAGAGACGUAAAUUAGCCUUGGUCAUGUUUUUAUGUUUAGCGCAAAUAUUUAAUCUCCUCGUAUUUCACGAAAAAACUUUAUUAUAAAGUAAUUAAAUGAUAUCUUAAUUCUGUUACAGCACUUGCGUUUAUUUUAUUUAACUUGCAUUUUCCAUCAAAGUUCAAUGGUUUUAAUUUCAGUCAUCACUUUUUCCGCGCACUCAUCAUUAACAAUUUUCACGUAUCUAUUAAACUGCAUCGCGCUUAUAAUUUUAGUCAUCUUCUCUAAUUAUUUAAGAUAAUUCUAACGCAUGUAGCGGGCAUUAGACGUACUAAAACUAUUACCCCAGUAACUUUCAUUGCACAAGUCGUUUACUUCUCAGCACCUUAGACGAUCCGUGUUCCGAUUAGGAGGCGAGUUAAUUUAUAGAAGAAUAAAAAAUUGAACUGUCCAAAUCACGAAUGCAACCACGAAAUGGUUAGAACUACGGUAUGAAAUGCAGUCGCUCACUAACGUGAAAGACUAGUAUUGUUGCGCAAAAAAUUGAUAGCGUAUGUCUACGGGUUGGACGUCCAUAAUUUUCGUUGAAAGUAAUUUAUUUUCGAACGCUCCAGAGUUGCUUUUCAUUGAUGAUAUGAUGAAAAAGAGUUGAAUUUUAUUUUGUUAGUCUUAUUGACGCAUAUGUGCACCCCAGUUUAUGACUUCGCUCUGGGACUCGAUAAUGAUAUUCAAUAUCAGGGAGUUAAUAACGUAUUGCAAUUUUACCGUUUCACUAGCUCGUCAGAUGCAUAACGUAUCUUAAUUAGCAAUUGAUCCAUUGAGUCUGCUUCAAUUGAGUAAAUACUAUAUUAUGCUUAUAGAGAACAACAAGGUAAAUGGAACACAAUGAGUGACUCCGGAAUAUUCGAUGGUGAUUGAAAUUAUUGAGCAAGACCUGGACAUGUUCCGUGUUACUGAGUCUAAACUGGCGCUCGUUCUCAUAGGAAUCAAUAAUAAUGUUAGAGCUAGAAUAUUACAGCACAAUGUACAUGCGCUCAUCAAACCAUGAUUAAAAAUGCUAACGAA